CUGUCGGAGCUCCGCCCCAUCUUUAGGCUAGCCUUUAAAUCUCUGCAGCAGGCUCCGCCCGCUAGCUCGGUUUCUUGGCUUUGCUCGGUACCUUUUGGGCCCGAGGUGUAGCUGCUGCUCCAAUCCUACGGGCUCUGGACUUCGCUCCCACCUGUGCCUGAAUCAAAAUGCCCAACUGGGGAGGUGGUAACAAAUGUGGGGCCUGUGGAAGAACUGUGUACCAUGCUGAAGAGGUGCAGUGUGAUGGAAGAAGCUUCCAUAGAUGUUGCUUUCUGUGCAUGGUUUGCAGGAAAAAUUUAGACAGCACAACUGUGGCAAUUCAUGAUGAUGAGGUCUAUUGCAAAUCCUGCUAUGGAAAGAAAUAUGGACCCAAAGGAUAUGGCUAUGGCCAAGGAGCAGGCACGCUUAACAUGGACAGAGGAGAGAGACUGGGCAUCAAGCCUGAGAAUGUGCAACCUCACAGGCCCACAACAAAUCCGAAUACUUCCAAAUUUGCUCAGAAAUUUGGAGGAACUGAGAAGUGUUCCAGAUGUGGGGAUUCGGUGUAUGCUGCAGAGAAAGUAAUAGGAGCAGGAAAGCCUUGGCACAAAAAUUGUUUCCGAUGUGCCAAGUGUGGGAAGAGCCUUGAGUCAACAACUCUGACAGAAAAAGAAGGGGAAAUCUAUUGCAAAGGUUGCUAUGCAAAGAACUUUGGACCAAAGGGCUUUGGUUAUGGCCAAGGGGCAGGAGCACUCGUCCAUGCACAGUAAAAGCUAAGACCGUGAGAAAUAUAGCGCUAUGCACUGAGACAGCUAUCAAGGCACAGAGAAUCUCUUAAUAGUAAACUACUGUGAAAAUUAUACCAGCAUAUGUAUACUGUUUGUUACUAUGUAUUUGGAGACACUAAUUUGUAGAAAGCAAGCAUUGCAUUUAGUCUGUUUUAGAACAUAUUUACUCUGAUUUUAACUACAUAGCAUUUGAUUAGCUUUUUUUAAAAUAAGAAUCUUUGCUCUUUGAAUAAAGUUUCUUAUUGCUUCUCA